AUGGAGACGAGGCUGGAGCUGGACGUUGUGAUUUACCCCAAUGAAGUGAGGAUCGCCUCUCCGGAGGAGCUGUGGGAAUGGGAGCUGGAGACUGCGAGCCAGGUGUCCACUCCCCUUGUGCGACUCUUUGUGGCACUUUACCCAUACAACCCUGCAGCCAUGUCUCCCAACUACGAGACCGCUGCAGAGGAGCUGCCUUUUGUACCAGGACAGAUAAUCAAGGUGUUUGGAGAUAAAGACCGUGAUGGUUUCUAUGACGGGGAGUCUGGUGGGCUCUCCGGUGUUGUGCCAAGUAACAUGGUGUCUGAGAUCCCAGUGGAUGAUGAGUACCUGAAGCAUCUACUCAUGCAGCAGAACUUCCUCCCUUUGGACAACACAGGUUUCUAUCCAGCUCCAGACAUGAGUGAUGUUUCCAGUGUCAGUGACGAAUUGGUUGUUCAACGAAUGGUGGCCUUAUUUGAUUAUGAUCCAUGGGAGAGUUCACCCAACGUGGACAGUGAAGAUGAACUCGGCUUUCGUUCAGGAGACAUUAUCUAUGUGUUGGGGGACAUGGAUCAAGAUGGGUUUUAUUUUGGGGACCUGCACGGACGACGAGGUAUGGUUCCAUCAAACUUCCUGCAGCAGUUUCCGUGGGAUUAAUAGAAAAUGCUAGGACACGCCAUGUUUGCUACAGAUGCCAAGAGUCAGACACAGAAAGAAAUCAGCCACUGGUUAAACCAUUAUUAUCAGUUAUACCAGUGAUGUUGUGGGCACUGCAAAUACUGCACAUACAAAUCUCAGAAAAUAUAUUUUAUUAAAAAGUUGCAAAUCAUUUACUAAAGAAACAAAAAACAAAAAAUUACAAAAAUGAUGGUUAGAGGUCACUUUGGCUUAAAAUCCCAACAUGAGCAAAAAAAAUGCAUUUAAUAUUUAAUAAUAAUAAAGCCUAUUCACAAACUAUAGAUUAUUUUAGCCUUAAUGAUACAUUAACAGUCUCAGUUUUUGCAGACCAGAGUGUAUUAAAGUUGUAAAGUUGCCUUAUACUCGCUAUAUACAGUACAUUUUAUAUU